CUGAUAUAUAGUCACUUUGCAUGUUUUUUUAAUAACUAGUCUCAGCAGGAUUCACACCAAGAAAUGUAUGGGACCAGACCAAAUGGAAUCAAAAAUGAAAUUCAUGGUCCCGGCGGCCAGUCUAUAGGUGGUUGAUUACCUUAGUUAAUCCCAAACCGACCACCUCGGAUAUUCCGGGCUUCACUUCUCGUUAUUGUUCUCAGGCUCUGCUUUUCGCCGGCCAGCCUGGGUACCCGUAGCGUCUUGCCCCGGAGCCACUAAGCCAACCAUAGCAACCAACCCGCCUGGCUCAAACCGGGCUCCAACAUCGUCUUUCGUAUUGCAUUAUCAUCCACCAAGUUUCCCUCAUACUACUCCGCUUAAGCGUCAUCGCUUGCUUGACCCUUGCAGCCGCCAAAAGCUGAUGCGCACCAACUAGUUAAACAUUCGCCUCUUAAUACCGGGUUGGGUUUGUUUCCUGGGACGUGGCCUUCUGUUGGAAUCGGGAUGCCCCCGCUCUCCUCAACGCAGCGAGAGCUUGAGAUUCAGGCACGGAAAGCGGAAAGGGAUGUGACAACUGCUUCUACACAAAGUUCUGCUCUAGACGCAGCUAUCAGCGCAGUUGAGAGUUAUCUGAAUGCGCUUAAGCUGGCUAGCUCUCCUAGCGAGAAGCAAAGGCUGGAUGCAAAAUGCAAAGAGCUUCUUAGAAAGGCAGAGGAUAUAAAAAAAUCGAAAUAUUGGAGUCAGCAUCUACAGACACGUACCAACAACGGCGGUAGGAAUAGCAGCGCAGGGUCCAGGCUUCGAGAGCCAGUUUCGACACGGAAUCUUUCCAAUAGAGAGCAGAUCAUUCUCCUGGAAGAUUCCAAGUUGAAUGGCUUUGUAUUUCCACCUUGGUCGGCUGUGCCUGCUGCGAGUGAAUUUGAGCUCGAAGAAGAUGAUGUGCCAUUUACGGACUCGUGCGAUCUUCCACUCUCGGAGUUACAGCUCGAGAUUUUCAAUGGCUGGAAACGGCCUGCAGAGAUUCUGGGUACUGGAGAGGCUAAUAAAGAUGAUCGGGGGAGUCCUACCCCAGUUAUGGGAGCUAUACAUCCUAUAGAUUUGGUGCAGGAUGUUACGACAGAUUGUUCCGUUGUUGCGAGCCUUUGCGCCGCUAUCUCCCAGGUAGAAAGAGGAUAUUCCAAGACCUCUGUGAUUAAGUUUUACCCGUCAGAAGAAGAGACCUUCACCCCAAAGCUGUCACAAUCUGGGAAAUACAUUUUUCGAAUGCAUUUUAAUGGAUGCUACCGGAAAGUUGUAAUUGACGAUCGACUCCCCUCCUCCAAAACGCCGAGGUUCCUUCAUGUCAUCGAUAGGAAAAACCCUGCUCUCCUAUGGCCAGCGCUGGUCGAAAAGGCGUACUUGAAGGUUAGAGGAGGCUAUGAUUUCCCUGGAAGUAAUUCUGGGACGGAUCUUUGGAUCCUCACCGGCUGGAUUCCGGAACAAAUAUUUUUACAUGAUGAGGAUGUCAUCCCUGAUCAGCUGUGGAAAAGGUUGUUUAAUGCAUUUAACUACGGUGAUGUAUUAAUCACUGUUGGUACGGGAUCAUUAACUGAACGGGAAGAAGAGGAACUUGGACUUGUGAGCGUGCAUGACUAUGCAAUACUUGAUAUGCAGGAAGUUAACGGCCGUCGCCAAUUCCUCGUUAAGAAUCCCUGGGCAGCUGGCUCUAUUUGGAAAGGGAUUGGACAAUCCCACCCUCCUGUUCCUGCUGAAGGCGACGGAGAAAAUAACGCCGACCGGCAGCAAUCUCAUCGGACACUCUCCCCAGGAACAUUCUGGACAGAUUGUGACAAAUUGCUUCAGAAUUUCGAAAACUUAUACUUAAAUUGGAACCCGACGCUCUUUUCCUACCGACAGGAUAUCCAUUUUACUUGGGAUCUUUCUUCUGCCAGUUCCGUUCCCGGCUACCUAGCUAGAAAUCCACAGUUUGCGGUAGGCUCCAAAGCGGGAGGCUCUGUUUGGCUCCUGCUAAGUCGACAUUUCCAUUCUGGCGACUACAUCGGAACUGGGAAUAAACUUAUAGACGUUUCCUGUGAAAAUAAUGAACCUGGCUUUAUUAGCCUCUACGUUUUCAAAAAGGAUGGCCAGAGAACCUGUGUGAGCGAUGGGUCCUUCCGCCGGGGCCCGUAUGUCGAUUCGCCGAACACAUUGAUGAGGUUUGAGAUGCCUCCAAACACUGUUUACACCGUUGUGGCUGCAGAACAGUCCUUGCCGAGGGUGAGCCAGAAUUUCUCUUUAUCGGGAUUCUCUACGGCUCCCCUAUCUAUUUCACACGCUACGGAGGAAUACGGGCAUGUUAGAAAGUUACCUGGUGCAUGGACAACAUCAACAGCUGGAGGCAACACAGACUCGGCAAGGUAUCCGACAAAUCCGCAGUUUAGGAUCGAUAUCUUAGAGCCCUGCAAUAUUUCUGUCAUACUUGAGACUGAAGACCCCGAACUAGCUGCGCACGUCAAGGUCAUGUGGUCAGAAGGCAAGCGUGUUUCCAAUGUCCGGUCUCGAGACGUUGUUUUUGAUAGCGGAGAUUACCGCCGGGGCUGCGCCUUUGCUGAACAUUUCGGCCUAACCAACGGCUCAUUUACCGCUGUGUGCUCUACGUUUGCGCCCAACCAGCCUGGAAAGUUUACCCUGUUGAUCAAAACGACCAAGCCAUGCAUCGUAAAGCCACUCCCUGCCGAGGGAGCUGGGCAGUUGAGCAUAGUGUCCGACAUUGGCAUAUUCCCACCGGGCACGAAUAGGAUUCUUGCACCCAUUACCACUUCCCGACUGGCCAGAAUCACUGCCAUUGUGAGGCAUAAGGGCUCGUGGAUGGGAACCCGAAGUGUCGCCCCGUCUCCGAUUCUAAUGACCCUUGAGCUAGGACAGGGCCCGUAUAAGGGUAUACUCUCAUCAUCUGGCGAUGGAAGCUUUAGCAAUGCUGUCAGUGGGAUACGCAUCGAGGACUUCGAUUUGCAGCCGGAUUUCGAACAGCGGGGGGGUCUGUGGCUUGUUGUGGAGCGGGUUGGGGGUCUUGGGAGCCAGGUGCAUGAUACGAUUGAGCUGGAGAUUUUGUCCGAGGAGAGGGUUGCAAUUGGCCCGUGGGGAACUGGUGGUGGCUAAAUAUCCAACAUAUUCAUACAGCGUGGGCAAUUGAGUGAUGACUUAAUGACAUUAGAGCCUGUAUUCACUUGGAGAGAAGCACGUGAGCUAGCAUAGUGUUGGUGGUUACUACUAUGCUGUAAAUUGAGAAUUUUUCAGAAUAGUGAAUCUACUGUUCUGACACAGUAACAUGACCAACCACCCAACACCUGCUUACACCCAACGCCCGGCAUUUCGCCAUCACUAUGAUGAAAUAUUUUCAAUGAUAUCUCAACAAUGCAAUUAGAUUUUAAGGUGAUAUAUUAUAUGAUGAAAAUAUAUAUAGAAAAUUACACAUAAAAAUAUACAGCUAAUUCUGUAGAUAUUUAUUUAACUUAAUAACUUAUUUAGAAUAUGAAAUUUUGAAUAAAGAUAGAUUCAGUGAGUAAGUAGUUAUUAAAUUAGUAAAGAUUAUAAUAUUAUCAGAUUUCUUUAAUAGUGA